AUGGUAGACAAACAGCCCAUGCCCAUCGCCAUAGUGGGCAUGUCCUGCCGCUUGCCCGGGGAAGUCUCUAACCCGGGCGAGUUCUACCGUAUGCUGUGUCGGAAACGCAGCGGCUGGUCCUUGGUGCCCAAAGAUCGUUUCAAUGCCGAGGCGUACCGUCAUCCCAACCCUGACAAGAAAGGCUGCAUGAACUCACAAGGCGGCUACUUCAUUAAGGAUGACAUUUCCAUGUUUGAUGCCGCCUUUUUCGAUAUCACCAAGAAGGAGGCAGAGUCCAUGGACCCUGCCCAGAGGCUUCUCCUCGAGUGCGCAUAUGAAGCCUUGGAGAAUUCUGGGACGCCGCGAGAGGCGGUGUCAGGUAAGAAUGUGGGGGUAUUUGUCGGUGGGAAUUACGGGGAGCAUCGUGUUGGCAACCUGAGAGACCUCGACCACAUUCCGAGCUUCGAUGCUACCGGAAACCAAGGGGCCUUUCUUGCUGGCAGGCUAGCAUACUAUUUCAAUUUGAAAGGCCCAACGUUUACCGUCGACACGGCCUGUUCAUCCAGUAUGCAUGCCUUGCACUUGGCGGUCCAGAGCAUUCGGGCCGGGGAAUCGGAACAGGCCAUUGUCGGCGCCUCGCAUCUGAUCACUCACCCAGACAUUUGGGUGUCCAUGGGCAAGCUCCGACUAUUUUCCGAUGCCGGCAAAACCUACGCUUUUGACGACCGUGCUAAGUCCGGAUACGCCCGGGGUGAAGGCGCUGGCUGUCUGAUCCUGAAGCCGCUGGACAAGGCUCAGGCCGAUAACGACCACAUCUUCUCGGUCAUCACACAUACGGGGAUCAAUCACAAUGGCCGCACGGUGGGCAUUGUCGCCCCCAGCCCGGAGGAGCAAGAGGAACUCCUGAAAAAGGUGUUUUCGGAAGCCAACGUCGACCCCCGUGAUGUCGGGUUCUUCGAGGCCCACGGGACUGGAACCAAGAAGGGCGACCCUAUUGAGGCUACCGCGAUUCACAAGGCCGUCGGCAAGUACUUCACGGAGAAGGAUCCCCUGUACAUUGGGUCCGUGAAGCCAAAUGUCGGCCAUCUCGAGUGCGCAAGUGGCAUUGUGUCGGUCAUCAAGUCGGUGCUGAUGCUCUACUACGGCUUCGUUCUCCCCAAUGCCGACUUUCAACGGCCCAACGAGGCCAUUCCAUUCGAGAGUUGGAUGCUGAAGGUUGCCACCGAUCAAAAGCCUUGGCCUGCCAAACGCAAAUACGUCUGUGUCAACAACUUCGGCUUCAGCGGAUCCAACUCCACCUGCAUCCUACAGGCUGCUCCCCAGACUCGGGGCCUGGAGAUGGCAGAGAACGGCGCGUAUAGCCCGCUCAGACUGUUUAUUCUUUCGGCCAACGACGAGGCAGCACUUCGGAACUCCAUCAAGAGGCUUGGGAUUUGGAUCGAGCAGCACGCCGAGCUGUAUCAGACAACGAUGCCGCGAAACCUGGCCUACACCCUCUGUCAGCGUCGGUCGCAUCUUCCUUGGCGCGUGGCCGUCGUUGCGGGUAUGUGCAGCGGUGUUGCUAGUGCGCUCAAUAGCCACGACGCCGUCCCAGCCCGGGCGCCCACAGAGCCUCCUAGAGUGGCGUUCGUUUAUACAGGCCAAGGAGCACAGUGGUUCGCUAUGGGUCGGGAGCUGCUCCAGACGCACCCCGUCUUUGCAAACGCAAUCCGCCGUGCGGACGAUGUGCUAAGCGAUAUCGGUGCCGAUUUCUCCGUCUUUGAGGAGUUGCUCCGUGACAAGGCGUCUUCCCGGGUUGGCCAGGCCCACAUCAGCCAGCCGAUCUGCAGCGCUGUCCAGCUCGCCCUGACGGACCUCUUUGCUGCGUUUGGGAUCCGGCCAGCGGCUGUGACCGGCCACUCCAGCGGCGAGAUAGCAGCAGCUUAUGCUGCGGGUGCCUUGACUUUCGAGUCCGCCGUGGCGGCGGCGUACUACCGAGGCCAAGUCAUCCUGGAGCUCAAACGAGAUCACGCAGACCUCAGGGGAGCUAUGAUGGCUGUUGGUGCCGGAGCAGUGGACUUGCCCUCAAUUUUGGAGCGGGCGAGCACCCCAACGUCCCGUGUCGUUGUCGCAUGCGAGAACUCCCCCUCAUCCAGCACGUUGUCGGGGGAUGAAGAUGCCGUCGACCGGGUUGCUGUUAUAUUCGACGAAGAGGGCGUCUUCAACCGCAAGCUGUUCGUGGAUGUUGCUUACCACUCUCCUCACAUGAAAUUAUUGGCCAAGUCGUACCUCAAGAGGGUCAGCCACAUCGAAGCUCCGGUGAACAUGGAGGAUUCCCAGGUCGAGUUCUAUUCCUCACUCUACGGCCGCAAGGUCAGUCUCAAUGAGCUCGGACCCCAAUACUGGGUGGACAACCUUACCCAGGCUGUCCGCUUCUCCACGUCGUUGAAACAGCUGUGCACCGAGUUUAACCCUGAUGUUCUGGUGGAAAUCGGCCCCCACGCCGCUCUCAAAGGGCCGAUCAUGCAGACCAUCAAGACCCUCGGUCCCGCUGCGAUCAAGAUCUCAUACCUUCCCACCCUGAUUCGUGGCGAAAAUGCUACGCGGACGUGCUUGGACACGGCCGGCCAGCUGUUCGUGCGCGGGUACCCUCUCGAUUUCUUUGAGAUCAACCACCGCCGAGAGGAAGAUGAGAAGCCAGAGGUGAUCCCUUCGCUGUACACCUAUCCGUGGUCGAAGCAGAAGUAUUGGGAUGAGUCUCGCCUGAGCCAACAGCAUCGUCUCAAGCCCUUUGAACGAAAUGACUUGCUGGGAACAGUGGCGGACUGGUCCAGCGGUCUUGAGCCUACCUGGCGCAACAUUAUCCGUACCGAGGACUUGCCUUGGCUCAAAGAGUACCGGGUUCAAUCGCGCAUGGUGUUCCCCACGUCUGGGUUCUUGUCCAUGGUCAUUGAGGCUGCCGGCCAACUGGCAUCCUUGAACGGACUGGAACCCCCACUCUUUGAAAUCAAGAACUUUGCCGUGUCUGAGCAUCUUUUCAUCGAGGACGGCCAGGAAUGCGAAGUCCUGUUGAAUCUACGACCCCACAAGCUGUCUAGUGGCGCCCAACAGAGCUACCGUAUCAGUAUCACGUCGUACGAGGCCAGCAGGAGCUGGAAAAGGCAUUGCACGGGGACGGUCCUGGCGAUAUCUCGACACCCUGAAGCUUCCCCCAGCGGCAGCCUUAGUGAUGAUGACCAAUCCGUUCCUAUGUCGCGCACUUCCUCUUCCUCCGGCUCCCAGCGCAGCUCGGCCCGGGGCAUCCGGCGCCCAAGGAUCAAGCCGAGUACCCAAGCGCAAGAGGAGAAGGGGCGAGAUGAGGUUUACAAAAUGUUCUCUGCGCGAAGCAUCUCGUACCCCGCCUCAUUCAAGGGCUGGUUCAACGGUUCUUUGACGAACGAGUACAUGACAGCGCAAUGUCAACUGCCGGACACCAAGUCUACGAUGCCAAUGGAGCAUGAAACACCUUACAAGGUUCACCCCGUCGUCUUCGAUAGCAUGAUCCAGGCGGCAACCAUCGGCCGAGAAGCGCUACGGGGGGGUCAUCUAACCACGUCAAUCCCCAGUUUCAUCCGCCAUUUAACGGUGCAGUCGCAGUACAGCGAGCUCAUGCGAAAUAGGUGUGCAUCGAGUGUGGUUAUCGAGCCAAAAACAUCGUCUGUGAUGGUUGAGUUGUUUUCUAGCGUUGGAGAAUCCCCCACCGACGUGACGGACGCUCUCAUAACCCUCUCGGGGCUCAAGUUCAAGACCCUCGCAGCCGCACGGUCGACGCCCGUCGGGCCCCGCGAGUUAUGCUACAAGGUGGAUUGGAUAGGGCUGCCAAAGGCGGUUCCGCAAAAGCUGGAAGACAAGUAUGAGAAGGCCGCCGUCAUGAUUGUUCUCGGGCACCAGGACGAUGCGAAGAACUCGCCUCUCGGUCAGCUAUCUGCCAGGAUCAGGAACGAGACAGGCGGCUCGGCGGGUAUCUGCACAAUUGACCAGGAGGUCGACUGGAAGGACUUCUUCGUCAUCGUCUGGGAGGUGGAAAGGCCGCUACUGUGGCCCAUUAACGAAUCCCGUAUUGAGCAGGUCAAGAAUCUGCUGACCCAGUGCCGCGGUGUCAUGUGGGUGACACAAGGGGCCAAUUUCGAUCCAACGACGCCCAAUUCCAACCUGGCCCUCGGUAUGAUUCGUACCGCGCGUUCGGAGAUGAACGCAAUCGCAUCCACCUUGGACCUGUCCUCAGAGUCCGGCUUGACGAACACGCAGAAGGCCCAGCUGAUCCGAGACGCUUUCGUCGUUUCGGUUUUGUCUGGCAAUGACGAUGGAGAGAUGGAGUUCGCUGAGGAUUGUGGGAGGCUCAUAGUCCCACGGAUUCACCGCGACUUGUCGAUGGACACAGAGGUACACCGCGCUCUUGGGUUGGCCGCUCCGUACCCCCAGCUUUUCCACCAACGGGGGCGCCACCUUCAAAUCGCGCGAGAUAUCGACUCCACAUGCCAGGACGAGCUGUACUUUGACGAGACUCCGAGUGGACGACUCGAGGACGAUGAGGUUGAGAUUCUGAUCGCCGCGAGUGUUGUGUCACGAGACGAUGUUACCUCUGGUGGCGGCGAUGAAUCGGGAGUUGUUUUCCGCAGCUGUGCUGGGACAGUGACGCGGGUGGGACGUGCAGUGGAUAAUAUCCAUAGUGGGGACAGAGUCUGUGGUCUAACUGCGGCCUCCUUCGGAACACACGCCCGAGCACGUUGUACGAGUGUCGCUAUCAUCCCAGACAACGUGCGUAUCGAGAUCGCGGCGUGUAUUCCGGGGCCAACCCUGGCUGCCUACUACGCCCUGGCCAAGGUUGCCAAUGUCCAGCCGGGUGAGCGCGUUUUGGUGCAGCUCUCAGGCCCGACCGGGCUUGCGGCGCUCCCCGUAGUACAGUAUCUUGGGGGUACCAUCUAUGUCUUGGUCAUGAACGACCAAGAAAAAGCAAUGGCGGAGCGCGUCGGGGUACUGCCUGAGGAGAUACUUGAUGGGCGGAGCAUUUAUCUGCGGCAGGAGCUGGAGGAACUCACUCAAGGCCACGGCAUGGACGUGGUCCUGGCGCUUUCUUCCCAGGAUACGACAGUUGCUUGGGGAUGUGUUGCUGACUUUGGACGGUUCGUCCAUAUCAAGACUCCCGGGCUAGACAAGAGGACCCGGCCCGAGCUGGGUACUAACGCCACGUUCUCGUCGCUCAACAUGCUCAGCAUUGCGGCACAUCGGCCCAGGGCGAUGGGUGAGACGCUGAAGAUGGUUGCCGAGAAGGUAUCGAGCGGGGAGUUGCGACCCCCACCGGUCAUCAGCGUGGUCCGCCCCCCAACCCUUAGCCAGGGCUUACGGGCAGUGCGUGAUGGUGCCGUCGAACCGGUGGUAGCCUACGUUGACGAAGAAGGAGAAGACUACGUGAAGGUUACUCAUGAGCUCCCAGGGCCAAUUUUCAACCGUAGAGGGACCCACAUGAUCGUUGGUGGAACAGGAGGGCUUGGUCUUUCGAUAGCCAGGUACAUGUUGGAACACGGAGCUACCACUAUCUUGUUGCUCUCGAGAAGUGGUCGUACCGACGAGAACCAGGGGCUGUUGGAUCUGCAGCACAAGGCCUCGGAGCAGGAUGGGGCGCGUGUCAUCACUAUGAAGUGCGAUGUGACCGACGAAAUGGAGUUCAAGAAGAUCUUUGAGGAAUGCCAAAAAACCUUACCCCACAUUUGUGGCAUCAUCCACGCCGCGAUGGUUCUCAGGGACGGGCUUAUCGAAGACAUGUCGCACGAUGACUAUCAGGAAGUCAUCCGGCCCAAGGUUCGUGGCGCGACCAACAUCCACAACGUGUUGAUCCAGUCCAAGGCAAGUUUGGACUAUUUCGUGGCCUUGUCCUCGGCAGCAGGCAUCCUGGGGAGCCGCGGUCAAGCCGCCUACGCUGCGGCGAACACGUUUCUGGAUUCGCUUAUGCACCUCCGUGCGAGCAAAGGCUUCCCUGGAGUGUCCCUCGACUUGACAGCGGUCACGGGUGCUGGAUACCUGACCGGGAAUGCAGAACGGCAGAAAGAUAUUCUCCGAAAUUUCGGCCACGAGACUGUCGAUGAAAAGGAGGCCCUCGCAUUGGUUGGAGUGGCAGUCUGCGGGAUUGCGAACCCCCAAUGUUUGACUGGAAUGAAGUUGCAUCUUGGAAAAGACGGCGAGUGGCCCUACUACGCCAGCGACGCCCGGUUCAUUGACCUCAAGGCCGAGUGUCUUGCGGAGGCCGAACGGGAGGGCGUGGCUCCAAAGCAGGCGAUCUCCACGGGGACCGCGUUCCGAUCCGCCAAGUCCGAUGAGGAGGCUAUCGGCAUCGCGGCACAGGGUAUCGUGGAGAAAUUGUCUGAGGUUCUAACCAUCGCGGCUGAAGAUCUCGACGUGGCGAGGAACAUCACAUCGUACGGGCUAGAUUCUCUUACUGCGAUCGAGUUGCGUAAUUGGAUUGCCAAAGAGCUUCGAGCCAACCUGCAGAUUCUGGAGCUGUUGUCGAGCGGCACGAUCAGUGACUUGGCAGCUCUGAUUGUGCAGAAGACCCGAACGGCAUAA